GAUAAUGUUAACUAAAACCCAUUAUGGGGGCAGGGGGUGGUUUAAGCAAAUCUCUCGUCUCGUGUUCUUCAGUACAACCCAUCACUUGAAACAAAAUUGUUACUUGCAGCAUUUGAAGGAUAACAUAAACUAACGCUGCUUGCUACUACAACACUUCCUCUUUCUACUUCAAUUCAAUUAAAGCUCGAUCAAUCAAUGUAUAUCUAAACUGAUUCCUUCUCAUUACAUGGACUCUAUUCUCUCUUCUUCACUUCACACACAACCUCAUCCCUCUCGCUUUUCACCACGCUUACCUUUCACCUCAUUCCGCCCCCUCCCAACUCAAAAACUCAUACACACAACACCUCGAAACCCAAUCUCACGCGCUUCUAUCACUUUCGCCUCUAAGCAACAAAACGACACCGUUUUAGCCGUCACUCGCAAAAACCACGAGCGAACAACAAAUAUUUCUCAAUGCAUAACGAAACAACUCGUUCGCGCUCUUUUUUGUUUCGCCAUCGGUGUUUCUGCUCUUGGAACGGUCCGAGUUGCGCCUGCGUUCGCAUUUCCGACGGUGCCUUCGACUAUUUUUUCCGGUAUGAAAAAAGUGAAGCGUCAUGAGUAUUAUGAUUGUACUGAAAGAGUCUUAAAGACUGUUCCGGUUUUGUUGAGGAGUAUAGAAGAGGUUAGGAAAGGGAAUGGUGAAAUGGAGGAUGUGAAAAGAGCUCUGAAGGCUGUGAAAUUGAAGAAGGAAGAAUCGGAGAAAGAGAUUUUGAAGAGGAUGCAACCGCAGUUGAUGGACUUGAAGGAAGAGUUACGGCAGUUGGAGAUUAAGGAAGGGGAGAUUUAUGGGCAGAUGAUGGCGGUGAAGCGCGAGUAUGAUAAAUUGACGGGGGGGGAGUUCUUAGAGGAAGGGAAUGAGAAAUUGGAGGGGAAGGUGGUGAAUGAGGAAGAGAAGAAGAAGUUGGAGAAGAGAAUGGGAGAGCUGGAGAUGAAGUAUCAUGUGAUAUGUGGAGAAAUAUAUGAAAUGGAGGAUGUGAUUUCGAGGAAGGAGACAGUGGCUUUGAGUUACGGGGUAUUGGAAAUUUUGUUCAUCGAGAGGGAAUGUGAGCAGCUUGUGGAGAAAUUCAAACAGGAAAUGAAACAGAAGAAAAUUGAGAGUUUGCACGCUCACUCGGUUAAAGGGCUCUCAAAAUCCGUCAUUCAGAGAGACUUGGAAGAUGUGCAAAGAAAACAUUUAGAACAAACUCUUCUUCCUAGCAUUGUGGAUGUUGAUGAUCUUGAGCCAUUAUUUCAGAGAGACUCUGUUGAUUUUGCCCAACGUUUAAAAACAAGUCUUGAAGACUCAAGGGAGCAACAGAAUAAUUUGGAGUCCCAGAUAAGAAAAAAUAUGAAGUCUGCCAAGGAAAAGCGUAGUAUUGUUUACUCACCUGAAGAAGAGGAAAGGAUUCUUUUGGACCGAGAUAGAGUAGUGUCAAGGACUUGGUACAAUGAAGAGAAAAAUAGAUGGGAGAUGGAUCCAGUGGCUGUCCCUCAUGCUGUCUCAAAGAAGCUAAUAGAGCAUGUCCGGAUUAGGCAUGACUGGUGUGUCAUGUAUAUUGCAUUGAAGGGGGAGGACAAAGAAUUUUAUGUGGACAUAAAGGAAUUCGAAAUGCUUUUUGAAGAUAUUGGGGGUUUUGACUGGCUAUAUAGGAAAAUGCUAGCCUGUGAUAUUCCAACAGCUGUUCAUCUAACGUGGAUUCCUCUCUCAGAGUUGGGUUGGCGCCGACUAUUUUUUGUGACAUUAAGGUACCCUCGUUGGUUUUUGCGUGACUGGUGGAAAUCUGAAGAUAUACCGAAUGCAAUAAAUUAUAUCUCCGAGUCAAUUCAGGAAAUGAUUGAUGACAUAAUGAUGGUGAUAGGGUUUCCUCUUGUGGAAUAUUUUGUCCGGCCAGAGGAAGGGACAGUGGGCAACUCAUGGUACUUAUGGCAAUUAAAUGUAGAAGCAAGGGUUCAAUCCAGACAAGCAGAUGGUGAUAUUCAAUGGUUCGCGUUGCUUUUCGCAAGAGCUGCUAUUUCAGGAUUUAUUUCAGGAUUUGUUUUGUUUCGAGUGUUCAAAUUAUUGAGGAAAAAAGUUUCAAGACUUAUUGGUUACGGUCCUCUGCGAAAAAGUCCAAAUAAGAGGAAACUUUGGCGAGUGGCUUAUUACUUUCAUCAAAGAUGGGUAAAUAUGAGGAAGAAGAGAAGGGAUGGCGUUGAUCCCAUAAAAACAGCUUUUGAUCAUAUGAAGAGGGUGAAGAAACCACCGGUACCAUUGAAGAGCUUCACUAGCAUUGAAUCUAUGAAAGAGGAAAUUAGUGAAGUUGUGGCAUUUUUGCAAAAUCCAAUGGCAUUUCAAGAAAUUGGUGCGCGGGCACCUCGGGGUGUUCUUAUUGUAGGUGAGAGGGGUACAGGCAAGACAUCUCUAGCAUUGGCUAUAGCUGCAGAGGCUAAGGUGCCUGUUGUUGAAAUUAAGGCCCAACAAUUGGAAGCUGGGAUGUGGGUUGGUCAAAGUGCCUCCAAUGUUCGUGAAUUGUUUCAAACAGCAAGAGAUUUGGCUCCUGUAAUAAUAUUCGUAGAGGAUUUUGACCUGUUUGCUGGUGUACGUGGCAAAUUUAUCCACACCGAAAAUCAAGAUCAUGAAGCUUUCAUUAAUCAACUGCUUGUGGAACUUGAUGGAUUUGAGAAACAAGAUGGGGUUGUUUUGAUGGCUACUACAAGAAAUCUGAAGCAAAUCGAUGAGGCCUUGCAGAGGCCAGGCCGCAUGGAUAGAAUAUUUCAUCUUCAAAGGCCCACCCAGGCGGAGAGAGAAAACAUAUUGUACUCAGCAGCGAAGGAAACCAUGGAUGAUCAGCUUAUUGAUUAUGUAGACUGGAAAAAGGUUGCUGAGAAUACGGCUCUUCUACGACCAAUUGAGUUAAAACUUGUUCCUGUGGCUUUAGAAGGAAGUGCCUUCCGGAGCAAAGUUCUUGACACAGAUGAAUUAAGGGGCUACUGUAGUUUCUUUGCAACUUUCAGUUCUGUGAUGCCCCAAUGGCUGAGGAAAACCAAAAUUGUCAAGAAGUUAAACAAAAUGUUGGUGAAUCACCUGGGACUAACAUUAACAAAAGAAGGUCUCCAAAAUGUUGUUGAUUUGAUGGAACCAUAUGGCCAGCUAAGCAAUGGGAUAGAGCUUUUGAGCCCUCCACUUGAUUGGACGAGGGAAACUAAAUUUCCACAUGCUGUCUGGGCUGCUGGUCGUGGUCUUGUUGCUCUUUUAUUACCAAAUUUCGAUGUUGUUGAUAAUAUUUGGCUUGAACCUCUAUCCUGGCAGGGAAUUGGAUGUACAAAAAUCACAAAAGCAAGAAAUGAAGUUUACAUCAAUGGGAACCUAGAAUCAAGAUCAUAUCUCGAAAAGAAGCUUGUGUUUUGUUUUGGUUCUUAUGUUGCAUCCCAAAUGUUACUUCCUUUUGGGGAAGAAAACUUACUGUCUUCAUCUGAGAUACAGCAGGCACAAGAGAUAGCUACACGAAUGGUCAUUCAAUAUGGAUGGGGACCUGAUGAUAGUCCUGCAAUUUAUUACUGCAGUAAUGCGGUUGGUGCAUUAAGCAUGGGAAAUGAUCAUGAGUAUGUGAUGGCAGCUAAAGUUGAAAAGAUUUUUGAGAUGGCAUAUCUGAAAACAAGAGAAAUGCUGCAGAGAAAUCGCCUGGUACUAGAAAAGAUUGUAGAGGAAUUACUUGAAUUUGAAAUUUUGACUCGAAAGGAUUUAGAGAGAAUUACUGAAGAUAAUGGUGGAAUCUGGGAGAAAGAGCCUUUUAGUCUUUUUGAAGUUCAAGCUAGUGAGCCAACUUCCGGCAGCCUUCUAGAAAGAGGAAAUGCAUCAGGAGGUGCUCUACUAGCAUCCUAGAUAAAUUUAUUGGGACUUGUACAUUUUGAGGUGAUUUUAUUUGGAGGGAGGGGGUUUCGACUGUUCAUUUGUACAAGUUUAAGAAUGUAUAGUUUAGUGUAACAUUCUGUAUGGUUAUCAUGCCUGUGGUUGUUGGGAUAAGAAAAGAGAGCAAUAUCCUAACAGUUUUUCCUUAGAAUUGUAAUUUAAAUUCAUUACUUUAUAGAAUUGUAACUUAUAUUUUACCUUUCAACUUUGCUAGCAUUUCAUUAUUAGUUUGACUACACACGUCUGCAGAACUAUAUGUAAUGGUUGUGGUUGCAUUUAUAUUGUAUUGUUUGGAUUCACUUGA